ACACCUUUUAAAAAUGACUCUCUCCUUGUUUGUUUCUGUAUCGCCAAGCCUAGGGCAAAGCAAAUCGAAAGCAAUGAAUGGGGGUGGUGGAGUGGCGUAACAAAACUGCAUUCAGGAGAAAGGGUAGAAAAGAUUAAAAGCGGAGGGGCGAGUAAGAUUACUUUAAAAGGGUGCCCACCCCAGCCCUAGGCCCAUCUAGGACUGUAGGAAGACUCGACGUCUCGGUAGUCUCCGGGAGGAAGAAGCUGAAAGCUACCUCCUUCUGGAAGCUUAUCUCACAGGGCGCUGCGCUGCCAGGGGGCCCAACCUGCCCGGCGCGCGACGCUAAGAGUCACUUUUGGCGAGAGGACACCAAGAGCCGGUAGGAGGCGGCCGGGCCGGCGUAGCGAGCGGGUCCGGCUGGGCGGAGACCCCGCCUCGGCGAGCACGCCGGAAGUGGCCACCGGUACCGCCCCCGAGAGGAAAGGGGCUGCGCGAUGGCGGCCGCGCAGGGGGCCCUGGCCGAGCGGGAAGAUGGGGUGGCCUGGAGAUUCUGAGACCAGAAAUAAGGUGAAACAGAGGAAAUCAAAGAUGGAAAUAUUGGAAGAAAAAGAUUCAGUAAGAGCUUCACCAGAAAGACUUCAAAGGCUCAUCUCCCAGGAAUGUGAGUUAGUCAAUACCCGUGAUCCUGAAGACUAGAUAUUGAGGCACUGGAUAAACCCCUUGGAAGAUGCAGUGAGACAUCUCCCAUCCCAAGAGAGAGUUAUCAAGGAAGUGAAUCUCAUCCCAAAAAAAUACAAGGCAGGAGACCAAGGCCAUGGAUGUCAUGGAGAAAAAAUACUUUCUGCAGGAGAAAGAUCCCAUAGAUAUGAGGUCUGUGUCCAAACCUUCAAACAGAAGUCAAGACUGACUGAACAUCAGGAAGUUCAUAACAUAAACAAGACCUAUGAAUGUAAGGAAUGUGGAAAAAUCUUUAACCAGGGCUCAAACAUGAUCAUACAUCAGAGAAUUCACAUGGGGAAGAAACCAUAUGUAUGUAAUGAAUGUGGAAAAGACUUUAAUCAGAGUUCAAAUCUUACCAUACAUCAGAGAAUCCAUACCAGAAAGAAACCAUACAUAUGUCAUGAAUGUGGAAAAGACUUCAACCAGAGCUCUAAUCUGGUUAGACAUAAUAGAAUUCACAGUGGCAAAAAUAGCUAUGAAUGUAAAGAGUGUGGAGAGGCCUUUAAGGGAAAUUCAAACCUUCUCCUACACCUGAGAAUCCAUAAUGGAGGGAAACCCUAUAUGUGCAGUGAAUGUGGGAAAACCUUCAAUCAAAGCUCAGAUCUUAUUAUACAUCACAGAAUUCACACUGGUGAGAAACCCUAUGAGUGUUACCACUGUGGACAAACAUUCAGUCAGAGUUCACACCUAGUUACACAUCAGAGAAUUCAUACUGGAGAGAAACCCUUCAAGUGUAAUGAAUGUGAAAAAGCCUUCAGGCAGCGUUCUCGCCUUACUGAACACCAGAGACUCCACAGUGGAGAAAAACCCUAUGCAUGUCAAGAAUGUGGGAAAUCUUUCACUGGAUGCAGAGCUUUUCUUAAACAUCAGAGACUACAUACUGGAAAGAAACUUGAAUGUGAAAAAGCUUCCACUUCUGACUUGGACCUUAGCAAACAUAAGGAAGAAAAACCUUAUGAAUAUACUGAAUGUGGAAAAACUUUCCGGGCAAGUUCAGAUCUAAUUCGGCAUUGGAUAAUUCAUACAGGAGAGAAGCCCUAUGAAUGCAGUGAAUGUGGGAAAGGCUUUAGCCAGAGGUUACACCUGGUUACACACCAAAAAAUUCAUACAGGAGAGAAACCCUAUGAAUGCUGUGAAUGUGGGAAAGCCUUCAGAUAGCGAUCCCUCCUUACUCAACAUCAGAGAGUCCAGAAUGGUGAGAAGCCCUAUGAAUGUAAAGAAUGUGGAAAAGCCUUCAUUUGGCGCACAGCCUUUCUAAAACAUAAAGACUUCAUACUGGAAACAAACUUGAAGAAUGUGAAAAAGUCUUCAGCAAGGAUGAGGAACUUAGGGAAGUGCAGAGAAUUCACCAAGAGGAAAACACUUCACAGUGUAAUCAGGGUAGUAGAACUUACAAAGGUAGCUCCAACCUUGUCAGAUAUCAGGAAACUCAUAUAUAUAGGAGAGAAACCAUAUGAAUGUAGAGAAUGUGGGAAAACUUUCAAUCAGAGCUCAGAUCUGAUGAGACAUCAUAGAGUUCAUAGUGGAGAAAAACUUUAUGUAUGCAAUAAAUGUGGAAAAUCCUUUAGGGGCAGCUCAGAUCUUAUUAAACACCAUUGUAUUCACACUGGAGAGAAGCCCUACAAGUGCCCUGAAUGUGGGAAAGCCUUCAGUCAGAAUUCACACCUUAUUAGUCAUCAGAGAAUUCACACUGGGGAGAAACCUUUUAAAUGUAGCCACUGUGGGAAGGCCUUCAGUGGACGUGCAGCUUUUCUGAAACAUCAGAAACUUCAUACUGGAAAGAAAUUUGGGGACUAUGAGAGUCUUCAAAUAGGACUUAUUCUAACAGGUAGGAGAAACCUAAUGAAUGUAGACAAAGUUUAGUUGGGGACUACAUCUUAGCAAACAUAAGGAAGAAAAACCUUAUGAAUGUACUGAAUGUGGGAAAAUUAUAGAGAAUUUUUUUUAAUUAUUGGGAAAAAAUUCUGAAAGCAGAAAACAAUUAAAAAUCCUAUUGAGUAAAAAACAUACAAGUGUAAUCAAGUGGAAAAGCUAAAAGUUCUUGAGCAUAAUAGCCUUUUUCUGGGCUGGGGUUGUGGCUCAGCAGUAGAGUACUCACCUCACAGGUGUGAGACCCUGGGUUCGAUCUUCAGCACCACAUAAAAACAGCAAGUGAAAUAAAGGUGUUGUGUCCAACUACAACUAAAAAAUAAUUUUUUAAAUAGCCUUUUUCUGCCUCCAUGAUGACACUGGAGUAUGGUCCUAAGGGUAUAACUAUCCAAGAAUGUGUUAGGGGAUUUCCUAACAUUAAAAUCAUUAGAAAUUACUGUGGCAGCAACCCCAAAACUAAAUUCUUUGUGGAAAGAGUUGUUUCAAUCUAACCUAGUUCAGAGAUGAUAUAAAUCUGUUUUAAGUACUUUAUAGAGUAAUUAAAUCUUUCUUUGGGAUCUUUAUGUAUGUAUUUUAUAUGUAUCCCCCUUCUUUCUUACAAAAAUAUGCUCAUGCAUAUGUCAUAAUGCUAAUUAGGGUAAUCCACUGAUUUAUAUGAAACAAAAAGAUAAUAGAAAUGACUGGAAAGCUGAAGGUAUAGCUCAGUAGUAGAGCUCUUGCCUACUUGCCUCCAAUUUUGUCAUAUCAGGAAACUCAUAUAGGAGAGAAACCAUAUGAAUGUAGAGAAUGUGGGAAAACUUUCAAUCAGAGCUCAGGUCCUGGGUCCAAUCCCCAGCACUCUCCCCCAUCCAAAACACAUACACACACAAUAGCUGAAGGUAGGACACCAGAGCUAAGCCCAUGUUCCCAAGAAAAAGACUGUAGACUUAUGAGUAGUGUCAGAAAAUCAAAAAGAGCAAAGAGUCAGGAGAAGAGCAUGUACUGAGAAUAGAACCAGACAGGGUCAGAAGAUUUAGAUGACUUUUUGAAAGAUCAGAUGAUAAAGAGAAAAGUUUUUUCUUUAGCCAGAACAGUUUAUUUGAGAUUUGGAGAGUCUAAAUAGAACUCUAGAAAAAAGCCAGUCAAAUUAGGCAAUUGAAAUUGGCAAUUAUAUCGUGCUUAAUUGUAUAGGCCCUGACUGUGCAAUCAGACUCAAUCAUCAAAUAUUUCUUAUACUCUGACCUGCUGGUAAAGUGUAUAUUAGUUUACAUAAGUCAUCAGAUAAGAAAACUGCCAAGUGGGACAAUGAAGACAAGGAGCAACAAAACCUCAUACCUUUCCAUAAUAGAGGUAUUUAUGAGAUGCAAGGAGGGAGUCUGUGGUUCUCAGUUGGGAUUAUUCUGCCCUCUUCCUAGGGGACAGUUUAGUAAUGCAUGGGGACACUUUGGUUUUCACAACUGGGAGGACAAACUACUGGCCUCUAGUGACUAGGGGCAGGUUUGCUAAUAUCUUAGCACACAGCCCCCACACACAAAGAAUUAUCUGGCCCCAAGUGUCCACAGUGGCAUAGUUGAGAAAUCCAAGAAUAUUUAGGAUGCCAGCUCCUGGAGCCAUUUAAACAAGUAUUGCAGUGUGAAGUGGGCAUAGCCAUGUAUCAUCUCAAGGGGUAUCCAGAGUCUGCUAGAAGCCUGUAGAAUGAUGAAUCUUCAAGAGGGUCAAUCUGGUGUAGUGAAGGGAACAGACUAAACUCCAGGAGGACCAAAACUGAGAGAAAAUUAGUCUAAUAAUCUGAGGAAUGGGUACAAUUGAAAUGUGGGAUCUCAUGUAAAAUAAAUAUUUCAUAGGAAAUAAAAUUAUCAGUUUUAGGGAA